CAGCGGUCCCCGCGCAGGCUUGGCCGCGCACUCCCGCCCUCUGCCCGCUGCCCCGGCUCCUCCCUCCUCCGGAGCUUCUCCCUGGGGCGGCCGCGCGGGAGGGAGGCCGAGAUGGCUGAUGAGAUCGCCAAGGCUCAGGCCGCCCGGCCUGGUGGCGACACGAUCUUCGGAAAGAUCAUUCGCAAGGAAAUCCCAGCCAAAAUCAUUUUUGAGGAUGACCAGUGUCUUGCUUUCCAUGACAUUUCUCCUCAAGCACCAACACAUUUUCUGGUGAUACCCAAGAAACAUAUAUCCCAGAUUUCUGUAGCAGAAGAUGAUGAUGAAAGUCUUCUUGGACAUUUAAUGAUUGUUGGCAAGAAAUGUGCUGCUGAUCUGGGCCUGAAGAAGGGUUAUCGAAUGGUGGUGAAUGAAGGUUCAGAUGGGGGACAGUCUGUCUAUCACGUUCAUCUCCAUGUUCUUGGAGGUCGGCAGAUGAAUUGGCCUCCUGGUUAAACAUGUUUUAGGGAUAAUUUUCCCUUCUCUAGGCAAUGAUCAAUAUUUGCAAGUUCCAAUAUGUUAAAUAGUAUACGUAUUUUUGCCUGUGUAUGGAGAGAUUGAGGGAAUAAUUUUAAAAGCCCAUAAAUAAUAAAAGAUAAUGUUGCAUGGUUUACAAUCUCUCUGAAACCUGUGUUUGCUUUAUUAAAAAAAAAAUGUUGGAAUGUAUGAAGGUAGAAUUCAUAAUUUGGGUAUUCUUUUUUCUCCCUAAUGUAUACUAAACAUAUGUACAUUGUUAAAAUGGUAUGACUGGUUUCUGAAGACAAAUACAAGAUUUCACAAAUUGAGUUUUAGCUUUGCAAUACACUUUUAGGGUAAAAUAUUAGUCCAGGUGGAGAUUUUCUAAUCUAAUUCUCUCAAUACUUAAGAACAAAAGAGUAUCUGAUGUGAUUGAUCCAGAAAGUGAAUGAUUUGGGUCUAAGAGCAGUGGUUUUUGUCAAGCCCAUGUUCCCCCUGGACUGUUGGGGUAAUUUGGAAGGAAUAAAAGUAGAUUUGUCACAGAAUCUUUGAUGACCAUA